AUGUCCUCUCGGCGCUCUCGCUCUCGCUCCCGCUCGGAAUCCCCACCACCGCGUCUACCAGGAAAUGCGGAUCCCUUAUCCGAGAAGGACUACUUCCUGAAGAAUGCCGAGUUCAGCGUUUGGCUGCGGGAGGAGAAACGCAAGUACUUUGAUGAACUUUCGGGCGAUAAAGCGCGCAAAUAUUUCCGAAAGUUCGUCAAAGAGUGGAAUCGAGGAACACUUUCCAAGAACCUCUAUGCAGGUGUGGAAGCCGCCCCUCGCCGUGCGCUGACGAAGCAUAAAUGGUCUUUCGCUUCAAAGGGCGGCGAGCCACCUCGAAACUCCGCCGAUGACUUGAUGGGCGCUUCAAGCUCGAGCAGCCGAACGAAGGGCCCAAGCUUGCCGACACCCUCUGACCUGGUACUUGCCCGCGAGACGGCUGCUGAGACGGCGGCGGCGAAUCGUGCACUAGAACGCAAGCGCGAGCGACGUGAUGCCCGAGAUCGAGAGGAAGAAGCAAACGGACCACGUGCAAUCGGAAAGGAGAGAAUGCUGGAGAAGAAGGCGGAAAGGCGGGCGAAUGAUCGGGCGUUCCGUGAACGCGGUGAUGAAGGACUGGAGGUGGAUGAGGCGACGCUCAUGGGAGGAGGAAGCUUCCAGCAGGAACUUGCGCGGCGCGAUGCCGCAAAGAAGCGGGGUGAAGAGCGCCGUUCAGCGGCCCAACGAGAAAGAGCCGCAGAGUUGCAGGAGCGCGCGAGUGCUAUACGCGAAAAGGACAAGGCGACUAUGGACAUGUUCAUGCAGAUGGCCAAGACCCGGUUUGGAUAG